UCGCGUUCUCCUCUCUCCCAUAAUACAAUCGCAAAUCUUAGUGCUGCAGCACGACGAAGAGAACAUUCUUCUCCCCUCUCGCCACCCGUCCUUCCCCGUCCGGCUCGUGUCCUGGACCACGCACCCAAGCCCCGGCCUUUGCUGCGAAGGGACCCCUUUGUGUGUCCAUCCUUCUUCUUGGUACUCGUGUUCGUACCCUUGCCCUUACAGUCUCCGAUCUUUUCCUAGCUUGUUCGCCACCUGCAAACAUGUCCUAUCAACCCACAAUGGCCCAACCAUCAACUCUUCCAAAGACAGGCAAGGUGUCUUCGAGGAGGAAGGGGUCUUCGAACCCGCCAGUGAUGCUCAGGAGCUAUGCGGAUCCUAGAACGUCGCAGGACGCGCUCGAGAGACCGCAAAUGGCUCGCCCCUAUGCCCACAACAACCUCAAUCCUGUUUAUCCCAAUCGCACUGUUCCAACUCCUCCAUCCUUACAUCAGGUUGGAUACCAUCAUCCAGCUGUACCAUCCUCGGCAAUCCCAUCCCCUACAAUACCAACCGGUGCGAUUUCCCCUACCGCUCCUCUCAACGUUCGCCCAAGGAUGUCUAGUGCACCUGUUGUAUCCACAAUGGCUCGAGGCCCUCUUUCUCCCACGUCAAUGGAUUCAUCUUUGACAUCCCUCGAUAAGCUUCCACCUGGCAGUGAUCGCAUCGAGCCGAGAAUAUCUAGUAGGCCAAAAGCUCAUGGGGCCAAGGCACCCGUUGUUCUUGGAAAGGAUUUGCGAGCGCAGCCUUCUCUGGAAGGAAGACCACGUGAGGAUAUUGGUCCCAAGAGAAGACCUAGUCUCGAAGCAUCGACUAUUCUUGACAGGAGAGACUAUCCGGUGUAUUCCACUGCCCGUCAGAAGGAGUACGACUUACCUAACGGGUAUCCAGAAAAUCGUCCGACUACGUCUUCAAGAGAACCCAGUGCUCUCCAAGGUCCCAUUAUGGUCCCAUUGAAGGUCGAUGCCGCGUCCAGUAGACCUACAAUGAAUGGCGGGGGAAUGAGGGCACCUGUUAGCGACGUUGUGUCGUCCUCACCGCCACCUCGCAGUAGGCAAAGGGAGUUGGAAUUCCGUGAACCGCAUGCUGAAUCAUCAAGUGCAGCCCAAAAGAAAUGGAAAAAGUCACAGCAAGAAUCCUUGGGUGUCGGUGGGCCCUCGCGGUCUUUUGACAUUGCGCGGUCCUUCGAUUUUGAACGUAAAACGUCUGGUGGCGGAAGAUCUCUGGAUGUACAGCGGUCAUUAGACUUCGAUGCUGCUCUUUUAGGUGAAGAGGGAGAGAGGAAAUCAUCGGGAGGAAGGUCUAUGAAGAAGAAGAGCUCUGAUGCCUUGAGAGCGCUAUUUGGAAGAGGUGCAAGUGGGAAAGGGAAAAAGGAAGACACACCAACUACGUCUGUGGCAGGUGCGAGUCAGGAGAGGAAGAUAUCUCCUUCACAGUCAAUGGUUCAGAACUAUGAUGAUAGUUCCCAAAGGUCCAGAUCAUCGGGAAGAGGGACGCCGACUAUGAGACUAAACAAUGGAAGAACAACGCCUACAUUUGAUUCCAAGUUGAGUAAUGAGAAGUCAACGCCAACAUUUGGUCCAACGCCUGGUCACGGAAGCACCACACUAACAUUCGACACAACGUCUGGUAAUGGUAGAACGUCCCCAGGUCUCAAAUUGAGCUCGUCUUCGUCCUCAUCAUCUCGAUUGAAUGCUCCUUCUCGGGAACUCCCGCCUCCCCCAGAACCGUCGCCAACCUUCCUUACCUCUAUCCCAGCCACAUUACCGCCGCUACCCUCACCUGUUGAGCCAUCCAAACCUUCAACCGUCGAUCCCUUAUCUUCAACUUUACUUCCCCUGUCUAUCGACGACGCGCCCCUCUUCUCUUCCAACUCACCCCCUCGACUUCCCUCUGCCAAACCGGCUACCCCGCCUCGCCUUCCUUCACCUCAUCGUUUGCAAUUACCUGACCUCGAUCUUGACUUUCAUCUCGAAUUCGAUAGGUUUAAUUUCUCCCCGAUUUCAGCUUCGCGUCGAACCUCGCCCCUCAAAGUACGAAGUCCGAAAAGCCCAUCGCCUAAAAGUUCACCCGUUAGAUCAUACUCAACUAGGUCGCCUUCUCGCCCUAGCAAUUCUCCAGGAAACUUGCAAAGGUCUUGGACUGUGCUUGAAAGAAGAACAUCAGAUGGUCUCAGUAUGGCUGAGGGAGAUGAAAGCGCUUCACCAUUGCAGUUGAGCGCAAGGUUCUCUAGAGAGUCAAGAUCGCCCGUCUUGUCUUCUACGGAAAAGAACGAUAUUUUUGGGCCGUUGUUGGAAGACCAAUCUUCCAAGGCAACUUCCUUAGCGCCCACUCGCUCUCCUUCGCCCCGGGGGACCAUCUCAUCUCAGUUGCCUUCGUCAGAAGACAGUAUUUCUACUGAAUCUUCCACUCAUGAGUCCGCAUCACCAAUUCUGCCGGUCACGCCAAAGGAGACCACUCCUACCAUAUCCACUUUUGGCGAGGUGCCUUUGAGUACAAGCUCAUCGACUGUCGGUCCUCCUUCUUCUGCCUCUUUGCCAAAUGUCAACUCGGAUAUACAAUACAAGGAAGAGAAGAAGUUAAUUACCCCUAAUGUUCCGCCUAUCGCAUUAUCCACUGUACCUGCUCCUGCCCCCCCUGGCGCUUUGGCCCCCCCUGCUAUCAUUUCAUCACCUGCCCCGGCGGUCGCAAGGAUGGAGCAGCCAGUGAGGAAGGAUUCUCGCAGACGUGAACUGACACUGCUGAGCAAGUCUGAGACUGUCAUCCCAGAUAAAGAUUUCUCCAUCUCCGCUAUCGCGCACAGGGCCGAAGAAAUCCGUGUGGCAUUCAAAUAUCCCGAAGACGGCACUUCCGGUGCUGAUCGUGCCGUCUCUCUGAGGGCUGAUCUAGUGCCCUUGAUCGUCGAGGCUGAUCGACGGGCGUAUAAUCGAGGACAGGAGGAUGAAUAUACUUUGCUGCGAGGGACGUUCUUAAAAUGGAUCAAUGUUUUGAUAUCAGAACUGAAGUAUGAUAGGCCUGUUGAUGAGCGAGGGGCGGUUUUGGAGUCACUUGCGGCGCUGUUUGAGAGUAUCGCACUGUCUGAAGAUGCUCUUCAACUUUCGGAAGACCAUCGUGGCAAGUUCACGCAGAUGAUGGUCCGUUGCAUGCGCUUUGUGAUGGAAAAGCUGGGUGGUAGAGGUGUCUUCCAGAACAUCUUGGUGUUCAGCGGACGGUUUUUGGCCUUCGCAUUCUUUAGAGUUCCUCACAUCGCUCACCAGCUUUUGACAGUUCUUCAGCUGCCGAAAGGGGCGUUGAUGCGCUUUACUGGUAAUAUAACAUUGGCCGUCGAUUGCCCGUCCAGUGUACAGCCGCAAUACCCAAAACACCUUAUCCCUUUGUGCUUCGACAAUGUCGUUAGGUACACCAGCCGCCUCAACUCUUUCACUGCCGAAUUUGAGACUGAAGAGGAGCGCGAGGCUUUCCUUUUCACACCUGGUUACUGGCUUCGUCGUUGGCAGUCUGAUGAUUCUGAACUUUUCCCUUCUUUCUACAGAGCUUACCACCGUCAACUGGCGCGCUAUCUUGGACCCGUUGUCAAGUACUACGAGGCUCAAAACAAACCUGUUCCCGCCGCUAUCCUAAUGCGUGCGCCUGGAUAUGCUCACUUGGCGACUGCGUUUGCAAAGAAGCUGUACUCGUACAUCAUGGGCACUGUAAACGCUGUCACUACAUAUUCGACUGCAUCAAACUUUGAUGCGACUGAGAGUGCCUUACAAGCUCCCAACGCCAAACCCCCGGUGCUUGUCACCGCGAACAGGAGGUUGACAGAGACAAUGAUUACCUUUUCGGAACAGAGAAUAACCAUACCGGUGGGGAAAGAGGUAAUUGACUGUGAGAUGUCGCAAAUCUGUAUAGGUAUGAUUGAUCUCUGGACGAAAAACCUCAUCAGCAAGACGUCCCUCAACGCUCCUAAAGGUGUCUUCUGCCUCUUUGAUUUACUGGAUGGUAUCGUCGACCCCCCCUACGGUGCCAUUCCUGGUAUACCUUCUCGACUCGACUCUGUUGUGGACGUCGCGUACUUGAUUCACGUGGUCAGAAUCAUCCUUACCCAGACGGAGCACGCAAUGACCCUCGUAAAGACUAUUGCGUUUGUCUUCUCUCAUUGGGAAGUUAUGACAGCAAGGGCGGAGGAUAGGAGGGAGUUGUGCUUGGAUCUAUUGCUAGACAAGGAAGUCUUUGAGAGGCUGUUGCUCUUUUGGAGUCACUCAGUCAGAAGCUAUAUGCUCAGACUUGUUGUGUUUCGACUUGGUCAUCUUGAGACAUCGGAGGAGAGAAAACAUGACGCAGGAUGGCAAGCCGAGAUCCAAACUGUUCGCCUUCUCCAGACACGUCUUGACUGCAUUAAGAGACGUCACGACGAGCUUGAACCCAAACCUGUAGGUGUAGAGGUUGCGGAAGAUGAGAAUAGCCAUAUGCCCGUCAGUCCGCUUGAUGAGGAAGAACCUUUCAUGCCUCGCAGCCGCUCGACCAUCACGAUGGUUACCGAUGCUCCUUCAACGGUGCCAGUCGAUAAAGCAGAACGUCUCCUUGGUCUCGGCCUUGGUGCAGUCAACACUCCUCGUGGUGAGCUUGAGAUUGACCCAGUUACUGGGAGUAACAAGUUCGGUAAAGCCGCGAAGUGGCUGAAGAAGAAUUUCAAGAACAAGAAAAAAGGCAAGUGGACGGCCGGCAGCACACUCGGGUCGUUGGAUGGAAGCCCAAGUAUGUCUUCAGAUGCGGAUAGUCCUGGUCUAGAGGCCAGUCCCGAUAUCUUUGGAGGGCCUAGACCAUCUAAGGAACUGGAGUCAUCACCUUUGGUCCCCCCUCGAACGCCUCCAAAGAUUUCGGACGAGUGGAGCGAAUCAUCGACUUCUAUCACAACGACAUCAACGUCCAACUCUACCGCCUCAAUCACCGCACCUAGCCAAUGUAAACCCAAGCCUUCCACACUCAUCACCACCCCUUCAGAAAGAGGUCGUUCGCGAGGGAACUUCACUUUUGAGUUCGAGAUCCCCACCAUGUCUCCUCGAAGCGAUACCUUCGAUACAACACCCACCAGCCCUAGGCACAGUUCUCAACCACCACCCAGCCCUCGAAAGCCCACCAGUCCACAUAUGUCCAAAUCCUUCUCAAAGCGUUCAAGUCUUUUGCCGCCUUCUACGGCAAAUGCCUUGGAUAGUAUCAUGGAGAGCGAAAAAGAAAAGGAAAAGGAGAAAAAGAAGGCAGAGGAGAAGCUCAGGCAGGAGAAGGGUUACGAUAAGAGGUUACACCCCUAUGCGAUCAGGAUGUUGGGAGAGCUAGAGGAUGCACAAAAGGAGUACGAUGAAUGGUGGUCGGAUGGAGGGUAUGGCAAACUUGAUGGCUUACCGCCUAGAUUGACAGUUGCAUGGCCUUUCCAUGACAGCGAAGAUUAAUAAUCAGGAGAGGUGUUCUUGUUCCUUGUUGAUACAGUACAAGUAUAUGCGGACAGAACGAUUGCAAUAAGUGUGUACUAGUUUAGGUAUUGGUAUCUUGCGACGGCAUAUGCAUCCG